AUGCCGGUGCCGUCGUUCAAUGUGAUCAAUGGCGGCAGCCACGCUGGGAACCGCCUGGCCUGCCAGGAGUUCAUGAUCCUCCCGAUCGGCGCGAGCUCCUUCAAGGAGGCCCUGAUCAUCGGUGCGGAGGUCUAUCACACGCUGAAGAGCUGCAUCAAGAAGAAGUACGGCCAGGACGCGUGCAACGUGGGCGACGAGGGCGGCUUCGCGCCCUCGGUGCAGGACAACAACGAGGCCCUGGACGUGCUCAUGGACGCCCUCGAGAAAUCUGGCCACAAGGACAAGGUGAAGAUCGGCACAGACGUUGCGGCGUCGGAGUUCUACAAGGAGGGUAAGUACGACUUGGACUUCAAGAACCCAGACAGCGACAAGUCCAAGUGGCUCACUGGCACCGAG